AUGAUUAAAAACAAGAGUAGACUGACUGUUCGCAUGUCUUUCGUACGUCUGGUGGCGAAAGUGUUGAGAAGUUUACUGUUUAUCCGUCAGCCCCAGUACGGCGACCGGAGGGUGCACUUCAUGAACACCCGGAAGCGGGGCAUCAAUAUGUUGAUCAACAUUAUGUCGCGCUUCGGCUGUCACGAGGAGACCGCCUCCAACAUCAACCACAACGAGAGGCUUGAGUUCUUGGGCGACGCCGUCGUGGAGUUCAUGUCCUCCAUUCACCUCUACUUCAUGUUCCCGGACCUCGAGGAGGGAGGUCUGGCCACGUAUAGGGCGGCGCUCGUCCAGAACCAGCAGUUGGCUGUGUUGGCCAAGAAGUUGUCGCUCGAGAAGUUCAUGCUUUACGCGCACGGGUCGGACCUCUGCCACGACCUCGAGCUCCGGCACGCGAUGGCCAACUGCUUCGAGGCGUUGAUGGGCGCCCUCUUCCUGGACGGAGGGGUCGAAGUGGCCGACAGAGUCUUCUCCAACACGCUGUUCGCCGGCGAACCCGCUUUGCUGGACGUGUGGCUCCAUUACCCGCAGCACCCGCUCCAGAGUCAGGAGCCGGACGGCGACCGCCAUUACAUCGAAACCAUUCCGCGCCUCAAAGAACUCAUUCGCUUUGAAGACAUCACAGGCAUUGAGUUCAGACACAUCCGACUCCUGGCGCGCGCCUUCACUCACCGCAGCGUCGGCUUCAAUAACCUGACGCUGGGGUCCAAUCAGCGCAUGGAGUUCUUGGGCGACACUGUGCUCCAGUUGGUGGCCUCGGAAUACCUCUAUAAGUACUUCCCUGAGCACCACGAGGGACACCUUUCCCUCCUCAGGAGCUCUCUCGUCAACAACAAGACUCAGGCCGUCGUUUGCGACGAUCUGGCGAUGACUUCCAUCGCUAUCUAUAACUACGCGAAGGGAGAGCUCAAGACGAAGGACAGGGCGGACCUGUUGGAGGCCUUCCUCGGCGCCCUCUAUGUGGACAAAGGGCUGCUGUACUGCCGGGCCUUUUGCGAGGUUUGCUUUUUCCCGCGUUUGGAGCACUUUAUUAUGAAUCAGGACUGGAAUGACCCGAAGUCUAAGCUCCAGCAGUGCUGUCUAACCCUCAGGUCAGUGGAUGGCGGAGAACCAGACAUUCCUCUCUACAAAGUGAUUGAGUGCAGGGGACCCACGAAUACCCGGGUCUAUGUGGUGGCCGUCUAUUUCCGCGACCAACGACUGGCCACCGGAACGGGUCAUAGCAUACAAGAGGCGGAAAUGAACGCCGCGUCCAAUGCUUUGGAGUCAUCGCGAGAAUUAUUUCCGCAAUUAAGUCAUCAAAAGAAAGUCAUCGAAAGGAGUGUCAAAUCAGUCACAACUCAGUCCAAGACGUCGAGAGAUAAAAGGAGAGAGAAGUACAGGAAAUCGGAAACCAAUCGAAACAGAGAUCAGAGACAGAGAGGCGACAGGAGAGCGACCAACAGAUCCGCCAAAUCUGUCGAUUAAUACCAGCGAUUAGUGAUUGACACCAAUCUCUCGAUUAGUCUUAUAUUAAGAGAUAUUUAUUUUAUUUUCAAAUACUUUUAACUGAAAAACAAAUGAUUGUUUCGAUGUUUAGUCAGACUUUCGCCGAUUCCUUAAUGAUUAUGAAAUGAAAUGAAUGUUUUGAAUGAAG